AUGGCGCUGGAAAAUUCCGAUCUCAAGCUGAGAGGCUACUUCGGCCAUCAAUCCGCGGUCAUGGGGAAAGCGACAGUGCUGGCCAAAUUCGGAGGAAAGCAUGCUCUACUACCGUUGUUCGUCGUCAAGAGCGGCACGCGGGCCCUGCUAGGGAGGAACUGGGCGAAAGCUUUUGGUAUGCCACUGGACAGUCUUUUGAACGUGCACUCGGUCGAUGACGUGAAAGACCUGAUAAGCCGAUUUCCUGAUGUGUUUUCAGAAGGUCUCGGUUGUUUUGCUAGAGUGAAGGCCAAGAUAAGAGUGCUAGAGGACGUGAAACCACGUUUCUUCAGGCCGAGACCAGUACCAUUUGCUCAGCAGGACAUGGUGGCGCAGGAACUACAGCGGUUGCAGCGAGAAGGUAUCCUCAGGCCAGUGCGGACUGCGGAAUGGGCGGCACCGUUGGUUCCAGUUUUGAAGAAGGAUGGGAAAAUCCAAUUGUGCGGAGAAUUCAAAGUCACGGUAAACCAGCCAGCAGAUAUCGAGACGUACCCGGUGCCACGGGUUGAAGAAAUCUGGGCACAGCUGGCGGGAGGCGUGAUGUUCUCGAAGUUGGACCUUCGGGAUGCAUACCAGCAAGUGGAGUUGGAUGAGGAGUCUAAGAAAUUGGAGACUAUCAACACACAGCAGGGACUUUUUCAGUACAACUGA